UGCAUUGCCGAGCAGACUUCUCCUUCCUAACAAAUCCGCCAGCAUUUGCCCCUCCUAUCUCGUUCUGUGCUUUCGCUCAGCACCACCGUAUUAGCAGCUGGGUUGGGAGCAGAGAAGCGUUGUUACGCAUAAUGCUGGGCCAAGACCUAUGCUGCUACAUGCUUCUAAACUGACGAGUAGUGGAGCGUCAGAUGAUGGUGGCCAGCUCGCAGCGGCGUCCGUAAGACUGCCUCUGCAGAUUUUGAUUGCGUUCUGCAACCAGCAUCUUCCCAAGCAAACGAUGUGUUACUAGAGUCAGCGCUGAUAAGCAGCGAUGGAGGGGUGGUGGGAGGAUGUCAAGAGGUUCUGCAGGACUACGGUGGGGUUGCCUGAGGGGCGGGCAUCCCAGCCCUCGUACCUGUACCACUUCACUUCCGAGCGCGAGUUUGUGGAGCUGCUGCAUGAAGGGGACCCCGUGGUUGUAGCGUUUACAAUAAGUUGUCCGCACGCCCGCUACUUGGACAAGGCCCUAGAAGCCGCCGCAGCAGAAUGGGAAGGGAGGGUCAAAUUUCUGCGGGUAGAGUGCCCCAAGUAUCCGGGCUUCUGCAUCACGCGCCAACGGAAGGACUAUCCGUUCAUCGAAAUUUUCCAGAGCUCUCAGCAGGAGCCGACCCUAGACGAGCAGCGCAGCAACAUUAUCAAGUACAGCGUCAAAGUUAUGCCCUAUAUGUACGAUCCCAGUCCUUACGGUUUCCGGGAGUUCUUCAAGCGCUACAACGAUAAUUUCAGCCAUCUUGAGUAGCUCUUGGAGCCCAAUUUGCUGGGGACUUGAAGAAGUCAUGCCGACGAGAGCAGGCACUGCGGCGUUUCAGCCUGGCCACGUGGCGACCACGUGGCAAGGCCCCAAGGGCGAUUACCCUGCUGGCCAUGCUGACAGUGCGUCUCUGUGCACUCUGCUCUGACUUUUUGCCAGGACAAGACUAACAAGAGUACACCGGAGUAGUGUCAUGCAGAUCAUCGAGUUGGCUGUACCUAGGCUAGGCCAGUCCUUCAGGGCUGUGCAGACGGUACGCUUGCUAAGAAGAUGGCGGCAUGUACUUGUCAUGGCCGUGCGUAGGGUGGCCUGGCAUUGCGCGGCUCUCUUUCAGUGUUGAGCGUGAAGUAACGCUGCGAGUCACUUCCGCCUGAGACUCUAGCUAGCGGUGCGCCUUGCUUCUUCAAAGUCACUCCUAUUGAUUCAACUAACAACUUACAUUCUAGGAAUUUUACAGGCAGCAUGUCAUUGCUGGCACGCCUGUACUUACUAAAAUGAAACGGAUAUCCACCAGGAUUAAGUUACCCCGAAUAGUCGGACCGCCGUCUCAGAGCCACCGUCGCUGAAUCGCAAUUGCUUUGUAAAGUUUGGAAAGUAUAGGAUGAUUUAAGCUGCAGGACGUACAUGUACACGUUGAAGUGCUUCGGUUUCACUGAGAG